AUGACGCAACAAGGGGAAGUGUCCUUCUCCAAGGCCGGCCUGGAAAAGUCACAUGAGAUCCUGACGUGCACCGUCAAGAAUGCGCCUUGGUCGUAUGCCCACAUGGAGCUUGUUACCGAGUCGACAGAGCCACUAGAGCUUGACGAUCUGCAGGUCAAGUCAUACUGCACCGCGGCCUUGCGUCAGUCUUUCGGUCUCUCCGGUCAGGCGAUGCCCGUGGACAUCUUGAAGACAAGCGGAUCACAGUGUUGGGUCAGAGUGCCACGCGAGGACUUGAGCACCUUCACGGCAGCCAUCACCGCAUGGGCAGGUCUCGUCGAGAACGGGCAGAGACGCGUGCUCCGACUCAAACAGGCGUCCGACUGGCUAGGCACCAUGGUGGGCAACGAUGGCCAGGAACGUCUAUGGAAAUCAUGA